CUGCUGGAGUUUCGGUGGGAAAUCCCCAUAAAUAUCCAGACAAAAAACAUUGAAUAUAAUCCCUAGUUCGAUGAAGGAUGUUGUAAACAAAUGUUUUAAAUGCUGAAUGUUAACUAGUGCACACCAGGCUAAAGGAUUUUAAGUUUGCAAAAAGAAUUUACCGCUUCUAAGGAAUGACACUGCAGCCCAUCAGGGAAAAUCGAUUACUUUGACAUUGGACAUGAACCAUACAAAAUGACAAAUGUUAAAGACAGUUCACCGGGGAUGCAGAGACCGCUUAAUGAUAAUUCAGUCCAAGUUCAAAGGUCAAAACUUGCAUCGGAAAGUGAAAGCAUUCCACCCGAGAAAACAGCCGUAGACGAGCAGAGACCGCUUAAUGAUAAUUCAGUCAAAGUUCAAAGGUUAAAGCUUGCAUCGGAAAGUGAAAGCAUUCCACCCGAGAAAACAGCCGUAGACGAGCAGAGACCGCUUAAUGAUAAUUCAGUCCAAGAUCAAAGGUCAAAACUUGCAUCGGAAAGUGAAAGCAUUCCACCCGAGAAAACAGCCGUAGACGAGCAGAGACCGCUUAAUGAUAAUUCAGUCCACGAUCAAAGGUCAAAACUUGCAUCGGAAAGUGAAAGCAUUCCACCCGGGAAAACAGCCGAAGACGAGCAGAGACCGCUUAAUGAUAAUUCAGUCAAAGUUCAAAGGUUAAAGCUUGCAUCGGAAAGUGAAAGCAUUCCACCCGAGAAAACAGCCGUCGACGAGCAGAGACCGCUUAAUGAUAAUUCAGUCCAAGAUCAAAGGUCAAAACUUGCAUCGGAAAGUGAAAGCAUUCCGUCCGAGAGAACAGACGUCGACGAGCAGAGACCGCUUGAUUUUAAAUCAGUCCAAGUUCAAAGGUCAAGCCGUGCAUCGGAAAGUGAAAGCAUUCUACCCGAGAGAACAGACGUCGACGAGCUUAUAAAAUAUGAUUUUCGAAUAGACCAAAAAGACAUUGAACACUUUGGGCAAUGCAUCGAAUGCGUGAAAGCAAUCCCAGUCUUUUCUUAUGACGAUAUAGAAAUCGGAGAUCAUAUCACAUAUAACGGAAGAAUUUACGAUCAUCAUGCAAUUGUUUCGGCAAAAUUUGGAAAUGAAAAGAUCAAAAUAAUAGAGGCUACAAAUAGCUUUUCCGGGGCAGUAUUUGGUAUUUUCCCAUUUGGUAGGAAAGCAUUGAUAAAAGAAUCUGAAAGGUCAUUGGAUUUUACUAAAGACCGGAUUCAUGUCGUGGUAUACAAAAAACGAGUCUUCGAAAACAUCAAAGUAGCCAGCAGGGCAAAGGCUAUUUGCGAAGCUAAAGGUACAACUAGUAAAUACGACUAUCAUUUAUUGGAUAACAAUUGUGAGCAUUUCGCAACGUUUUGCGUCACAGGAAAGAAAUUUAGUUUGCAAAAUAUCAAAGUGGAACUGGUUGCCAGGCUCUUUGUACUUAAUGGAUUUGUUGGUUUGAGUGAUGAGAGGAAACGCAACGAAUUUCUACAUGAGAGAAAACACAUUUGUAACAAAUGCUAUAAACUGAAUGAGCCCUUACUGAACGUGUCCACGAGACCUAUUACGUCAGCAGAUGACGUAGCACCUGGUGACAUCAUCAGAUACUACUACUGGAAUUUACUCCACGAUGCAGUUGUCCUGGAAACAGAACAUUCCAACAAAACCUCAAUGAAAUGUCGAAUCGCCCAUUAUGCGUUUUGUGGUUUAUUUUCGCAUAGGACAAUUAAGGAUGAGGAGGUCACGCUGCCGUUUGAUGGCAGUCAAUGUGUUCUUGAAUACAAAACAACAAACUUUGAAGUGUACGAAACGGAAAAGGUAAUUGCAAGGGCAAGGUCAAGAGUAGGGGAACAACGUUUUGUGUUUUUCUCAAAUGAUACCAGCCAUUUUGCGCGUUGGUGUAAGUUGCCAAGAAUAAGACGUGGAUUUUCAGGACAAAGUGACAUCUGUGACCAGCUGACGACAAUGAUCACGAUGACGUCAUUAGCCAUGAAAGUCUGAAGAUAAAUUGACGUUGUAGGGCAAGUUUUAUCGGAAUGUUCAAACAUACAAAAGGAUUCAUUCUUAUUUUUCAUUCCUUUAUGCAGUAUGAACGCUCGGUCGAUCUGUUCCUUGGAUUUUGCGUUCGUGUUUUACAUAUGCAUGGCCAAGGUCAUUCUUGCGAUACUCCGCCUACCGAGGUCACGAAAGGUCGAUCGGUUCAUGCAAAAUGAACGCAAAUUGUAUCGUUUAGAAAAUUUAGCGCGAGUGUCAAUUAAUAUGAAUUUACCAAACAUAUUUGCAAUCUCAUAUAAAACGACAGUGUAUCCUCUAGUACAUGGCAAUGAUCACAAAAUACUUUGUUUGGGAACAAAAUCUCAUUGAGCCAAAUACAGCCUAUCAGAAUGAUGUUUAUUAAUUAGUUUUAUUCCAUAGUAAUUGUGUUCAUAUUAGUUCAAGCGUUGUUUUGUGUACGUGAUCCUUAUGUAUUUUUUUGUAAAAUAUUGUCCUGUGCACUAUUUAAAUGCAGAGAUCAUAUAAGGCAUUACAAGUACAUUCGACCUUUACACUGGGAUUGCUAUCAGCCGAGAUGAUAUGUAAGGCCAAGUAAAAAGUAAUGUUCAGUUUAUCGGUCUCUGCUGCUUAAGUUUGUACGCCCCGCUUCAUUUUGUUCUAAUGCAAAACAUAGUCGUUAUACCGUAUUUCAACCAAAUAUAAAAAAGUAAAAUAUUAUUGGACUAUUUCAAUUUUCUGCAGUCCAAAAAUUAGAAAUGUGUAUCGGAUAUUGCAUUAAUCAAGGCCAGAUUUGCUUGACAUUUAAAAAAAAACAUGCUUUUAGCCAGGGAAUGUCGUUUGAGGAAGCACUAUGGAUAUGUCAUCAACAUGCACUUACAAAAAUUCGUAAAAUUGAAUGUAAGUGCAAGUUUCCGCCGAGAAAGUGCUUUCAAAUUCCUGUGUAAGAUAUAGCAAUAUUGAACAACGUAGCGGCUACUUUUGUUUUAUUCUAUUAGUGUUUAAUUUCGUAGGUUGUUAUUUUAUUAUACAAGUUUGUGUUUUAUUAGAACAAUAGGGUAUGAUCAUAAAUUUCAAAUAUCUUGUUUACAUUUUUGCAUUUAUAUCCCCGACUGUGAGAAAUCGCAACAUGUAUAGUUUAAUGCUGUAUUAGAUGAUUAGAGUGAACGUUCAACUUGUGUAGAAUUGAAAACAACUUUUUAAUGCAAAUAAGUAAUUCAAUAAUAUAAUACGAGUUUGUAUUAAAUUACAACAUCUGUAUAUGAUCGUAUUUAUUUAGCUAUAUGUUGACAGUUUUGCAUUUAUAUCCAUAAUUGAGAGAAAUCCCUGGUUGUAUAAUUUUACGCUGUAUUAGAUAAUUAGAGAGUAGGUUCGAUUUGUGUAGAACUGAAUCCAACUAUUUCAUGCAAAAAAGUUACAGUCGAUUUAAAGGUUCUGAUAUGUGUAUAGUUAUUUUAAUUUCUGAUUGAAAUUAUCAUAAGAUUAAAGGUAAACCACGCCCAAGAAUAUUGAAAAAGAUUAGGUAAAACUGCACUUUUCUUAAGACGUGCAUCGGAUAACUUAUGGCGAAUCAAACGUAUCCGAGUAAUUACUGUGAACUUUUUUGAAACUGUUCCAUGUAUUUAGUACUUGUUUUUCUACAUACUGCUUGAAUACGUUUUUAUAAAUGGAGUGUCAUCUACAUAGUGACAUCUACAUAUUAAUAGCGAACAUUAGUCUGGCAUCUAUAUAUGAGUAGCUAACAUUAGUCUGGCAUCUAUAUAUGAGUAGCUAACAUUAGUCUGGCAUCUAUAUAUGAGUAGCUAACAUUAGUCUGGCAUCUAUAUAUGAGUAGCUAACAUUAGUCUGGCAUCUACAUAUGAGUAGCAAACAUUAGUCUGGCAUCUAUAUAUGAGUAGCAAACAUUAGUCUGGCAUCUAUAUAUCAGUAGCUAACAUUAGUCUGACAUCUACAUAUCAGUAGCUAGCAUUAGUCUAGCAUCUAUAUAUGAGUAGCUAACAUUAGUCUGGCAUCUACAAUUAAUAUCUUUCAUUAGUUUGACAUCUACAAAUUAGUAUCUAACUUUAGUCUGACAUCUACAAUUAGUAUCUUGCAUUAGUCUGGCAUAUACAAAUUAGUAGCUUACAUUAAUCUGACAUCUAGAAUUAGUAUCUCGCAUUAGUCUGGCAUCAACGAAUAAGUAUCUUGCAUUAGUCUGGCAUCUACAUAGGAGUAGCUAACAUUAGUCUGGCAUCUACAUAAUUAUGAGAAGCUAGCAUACGCCUGGCAUCCACAUAUGAGUAGCUCACAGUAUUAUAGUAUUCACAUUUUAGUAGCUGACAUUAGUCUGGCAUCCACAUAAGAGUAGCUAGAAUAAGUCUGGCAUCCACAUCUGAGUAGCUCACGUUAUUAUGUCAUUAACAUUUUAGAAGCGGACAUUAGUCUAGCAUCCACAUAAGAGUAGCUAAAAUUAGUCUGGCAUCUACAUAGGAGUAGAUAAUAUUAGUCUGGCAUCCACAUAAGAGUAGCUAAAAUUAGUCUGGCAUCUACAUAUAAGUAGCUCACGUUAUUAUGUCAUUCACAUUUAAGUAGCUGACAUUAGUCUGUCAUCAACAUAUGAGAUGCUAACAUUAGUCUAGCAUCUUCAUAUAAGUAGCUAACAUAAGCAUGGCACCAACAUAUGAGUAGCUAGCAUUAGUCUGGCAUGUUACAUAUAAAUAAAUAGCAUUAGGUUGGCAUUUAUACAGAAUAGUAGCUAGCAUUAGAGUGGCAUCUAUAAAUUACUAGCUUGCUGGAACCCCCGGCUGUCUUAGUCUCUAUCUUAUGCCCCGCCAUCUCAUAUGUGGGCAAACCAUUGAAAGUUGCACCAGUUUGUCAGUUUAUUAAUUCAAAUAUCUCUAAAAUUCUAACAUGACCAGCAUUAUAUACGUUGAAUACGACAAAAAUAUUUGAUAUAAGGUGUAUGUCUUUAGUCUACAGUGUAGUUAUUUAUUUGUUGGUCCUUUUGGGUCAUUUUAUAUAUGUUGUAAAUGAGUGUUGGCUAUAAGGUAAGCUUGACCGGUGCAAGUGGGCGUUGACAUUGUAUAUAUGUUGUAAACGAGUGUUGGCUAUAAGAUAAGCUUGACCGGUGCAAGUGGGCGUUGACAUUGUAUAUAUGUUGUAAACAAGU